AUGCCUCACAUAAUCCAUGCUGAAGAAGUCGCUGACUUAUGUGAGCAUGCUAUAGACAUCGCGACUUAUUCCGCAACAUCGCCUUACCUAAGGACUAUAGCAAGCUCUCGAGGAGAAAGCCUAUCUUCCUUCCAGGCUCCAAAUAAAAACCCUGCUUCAAACAGCUCUUCGGCGUCCAUCAGUGAGAUGGAUUAUCCACAGAAACCCGCAUUUGUCUAUCCAGAGGGCCUUGCCUUUCAGGAAAUUAAUACUGACAUCAUCUCUUCAAUCUGCUUGCUGGGUAAAAGAAUUUUGCGUCAGUACUCUAGUGAGUUUAUUCUGCCCGACAACACACGUGUGGCUGUCAGUCGUCGAGAGACCACCUACCCAGCAGAGGCGACGCAUAGCGUACUUGUCAGCUUGGCAGUUGGUCUGCCCAGAUUAAACGCGUCUGAUAAAUACGGAGGAAAAGAAGAUGAAAAAGGUGGGCAGAGUCAAUCAAAGCCCCAGGUCGAAACAGCUUGCGAGGAAGGUUAUAAUACUAAGCAGACUUCUGAAAUUGACGCGAAUGGCGCGUGUGGAGAAGGUACCGCAUUGGCCAACAGCUCCAUCCAUAAUAAGAGGACAUCAGUUGUAUCAAAUUCAAUGAUUACCGAGACAAAUAUGACCAAUGAAGCAACGUCUUCGUGGUUGGGCACUAGUGAAUAUGAGGAUGAAGUAGAGGAAGCCUUUUGUGAGGAAUGUGAG